AUGCCAGCGACAUUCUUUAGCAAGGGUUGGGGAAAACCAGACAUCCUGCUGAAUCUGAUUGAAAAUAUGAAGAUUGUUAAAGAGCGUGAUAGAUACUGUUCAGUUAGGGUCGCGGCUAAUAUCAAUAUAGAGCAGAGGACUGAGAGCAGACGCACUAUACAAAUUGAAGGAUCAUUCUUGUCACCAUUUGAUACCAUCGUUCCGGAUGCACUGAAGGAGAAUAACAAUGUUGCUAGGUUUCAGAUGGUCAUCCCGAAGUCCUGGUCCACAAAUUACCGCCCAGUUUGUAUACAUUUUGCUGGCACUGGCGACCACAAUUACUCUAGGCGGAGAUUAUUUCUAGCAAAUCAGUUAAUUCAAGAUGGUAUAGCCUCACUUAUUAUAAUGAAUCCGUUUUAUUCCACCCGGAAACCUAAAGACCAAAAGGGUUCCAGUUUGAACUUUGUUUCCGACUUAUUCGUUAUGGGAGGAGCUCUAAUCAUGGAAUGCAGUGCGUUGCUAGAAUGGUGUGAGCACAAUGGUUAUGGACCUUUCGCACUCCAUGGAAUUUCAAUGGGGGGUUAUAUGGCAGGAUUAUGUGCAACUGUUUGGCCAAAACCUAUCUCUCUUAUUCCUUGUUUAUCAUGGACUUCAGCGUCAGUUGUGUUUGUGGAGAAAGAAAAUGGUGCAUUGUAA